CCCAUCUUCUUUGCCGCAUCCGCAUCCGUAACAGUGCCAAGUCAUGGCGCAAUUGCGAGUGACACUCCAACCAACUGUUCCUCCAGACAUCCAAUGAGAAAAUGCAAAGAUCUAUAAAUUUCUUUUGAUGUCUUCCAAACAAAGCACAACAUACUCUCUUUCAAAUUUAUUUUAGAAACCAAGCAACCAUGAUGAAAUCUUUCGCCAUCGCCCUUGUUUUGCUGUCGCUCCAAGCCACACACGGAUUUGUGUCGUCACCCAGAGUCUCUCGACCUUUGACAAAGGUUGCCGCCGAAGAAGGCAGUGGUGACUCUUUUGCCGAUGCCGCUCUGCAAGUUUCGGCAGUUGCCGGAGAUCUUCAAGGCCAAAUUGUGGUUGUCAAGUAUGGUGGCAAUGCCAUGACGUCUCCCGAACUCAAGGCUGGAUUUUGCCAAGAUGUUGCGGCCUUGCAGAAAAUUGGAAUUAAAGUUGUGGUGGUUCAUGGUGGAGGACCUCAAAUUAGCAAAAUGUUGGAGACGGUCGGCGUGGAAACGCGCUUUGAAGGAGGAUUCCGUGUUUCGUCCACGGAAGUGGUGGAUGUGGCAGAAAUGGUCCUUUGCGGAUCGGUCAAUAAGGAAAUUUCUUCCACCAUUUGCAGUGCUGGAGGACGUGCCAUUGGUAUUAGUGGUCGGGAUGACAGUCUAUUGAAAUGUACCAAGCAAAUCAAUGAGGAUGGCUUUGAUUUGGGCUUUGUGGGCCAAGUGGAGACUGUCAAUACCAAAUUGUUGGAACAAUUGUUGGAUGCUGGCAUUUGUCCUGUCGUCAGUCCUAUUGGAACUGGCAUUGGAGAAGAAAAGGAUAUUGCCUACAAUGUCAAUGCGGAUGUGGCUGCUGGACGCAUUGCUGGAGAAUUGGGUGCUUCCCGUGUCUUGUUUUUGACAGACAUUGCUGGAGUGCUGAACAAGGAUAUGGAACUCUUCCCCACUUUGAGUGUUGACGACAUUAAGGGCCUGAUUGCUGAUGAGACGAUUACGGGAGGAAUGAUCCCCAAGGUCUCCUAUGCCACCAGCGCAGUCCAACUUGGAGUCGGCGGUGCCUUUAUUACUGAUGGACGCGUUCCACAUGCCUUGAUCAAGCAAGUGCUCGGAGGCGAUAUGAUUGGUUCUGGUGGAACGUUUGUCACCCUGUAGAAAUCAUGGGCAUACAGCAAUUCUCUGAAUGGUUUCUUUAUCAACCAAGGAAAAAUAAUUUAUUAUUGUAAUGUAGCAAAUGAACACCAAGCGAAACUGUAGCUACGCUCGGAUGGACUCCCAAAGUCCAAACUUUCCUGUUGCUGGCAAUCGUACUAGGAUGAGCACAGUGGUUUUGCAUUGAAUGGUACAAUUGGAAUCCACGACCAUGGAGGAAAUGGAGAAGGUGCCUGAACUAGCUCAGGGUUAGCGACUAGCUAGCUAGAGGGUGACUACGGAAUCGGAGAUUCAACUAUCCUUGGAAAGACGUCUACUAGCUGUAGUUAGGUGUGCUCAAUGCCUUUUUUCGUUAGCUUUCGUUCUUCUUUGGCGGUGUCUUCAACUCCUUAGCGUUUCCAUGCACGCCCGCCAGACCGGUUUGAGGAAACAAAAAUCAAUGGUUCGGCUCAAAGGGAGAGGCUAAGCCUUUAGAAAGCGGAAAGCGGAAAAUACAAGAAUGAAAGAUUAAUUAAAUAUGGAAGCUGCUUUAAGUGUGGCAGGAAGCGACUAUGUGUGGCAGGAACAAAUUUACAAAUUUAGAUAGACUUGUACGCUUUGAAGCAACUGGAAACACACAUCCACGAGUCCAUGAGUUAGCAAACCAACACGCCACUGGCAAAGGCGGCUGUGGGAGUACAAAAACAACUUUGAAAGUCACUCCAAAAAAGUUGUGGUUUGUUGAAUGGAGCAGCCAUGUGUUCAACGAGCCCUGAGAGAUUCUGUGAUUUGAUGCCCGUCCAAAUUGGUGCGGUCCGUUUCAGGUCUACUCGAAGUAUUCGACCCUCACGAUCUGAAGCGGUCCGAAGAAAGAAACAGCACCGUUCGUGCCGUUUGAUUUUUGCGCUCUGCUACCUGUCAUGAAGAUUACAAUCGA